AUGGCUGACGCUGAAGCGGACGCCGACUUUCUCGCUCUCAGCGCAAGGACGCAGCGUGCCGUCGACAAAGCGUUCAAUAAAGGUCUUCGGUCAGCGGGUGGUCGGCAAAGCAAGCGGAGAAGACUCAACAACAACACUUCCAAUGGCAAGACUCGAUCAACACGGUCCACGGCAGCGGCGGCCGCAGUAACCCUCGAGGAGGAGGGAGGGGGAGGGUUCAUCCCCGACGACGAUGACGGAGGUGGCGGGUUCAUCGUUGAUGACGAUGCGGGUGGAUUCAUCCCGGACGACGAUAGGGGCGGUGGGGGCUUCCUCCCCGACGACGACGCCGGCGGCUUCCUUCCCGAUGACGACGGGGGAGGCUUCAUUGCCGACGACGAUGACGAUGGAGGCUUUAUCCCAACCGACUCUGGCGGUCCUUCACGGGGAUCCACACGCGCCACUCCUGCAACACCUGUCGCAACCAACUCGGACGAACGCAUUCCCCUCCGGCUCGUGCCGUCCCUGCUCGGCGCGCUCGGUCUCCCUGCUGACGAGGACGUGCUGGCCGUCUUCCGUGCGAGUGCGUCCGGCUGGGACGGGAACGGGACUGAAGGAGAAGGAGAGGGUGCCGUUAGCAGGAGGGAUUUCAGAGCUGUAUGCGCUGCGUUGCUGCCCGAGGACGACGGACCAGGGCAGGGAGACGGAGGCGGAGAGGACGAUGAAGAUGUGGAGGAGGACCUCUCGUCGGAUGACAAUGACACGGAUGCGUUCCGGCCCAGCGAUGACGACGACGACGAACCGGAGGAAGAUGACGAUGGCGGCUACGGCGCCGGUCCUUCGACAUCUACAGCCAAGCCCAAGCGCCGAACUCGCAGGACUGGCCUGGAAGCGGCCCCCGUUGCCAAGCUCUCAACGGCUCAGCGCGCACUGGCCCGCGAACUCUGGGACAUGCUCAAGCCCCCCACCGCUGCCGCACCGGCUCCUGGAUCUGGGCAAAGUAACUUUAUCCUCUCAAGGGACGACGUCAAGCGGUGGGCGAGGGAGAUGGGUGAAAUGUGGUCGGACGAAGAGAUUACAGACAUGGUGUCCCUCUUUUCCACUCAGAACGAGGGGCGAGGACUGUCAUUCGAUGAUUUUGGAGCUGUGAUGCUUCGAGCUGGCCUGAGCAAAAGGGCUAGCAGCGGUGCCCGCACCGUAAGGCCCUCUGCACGCCGUUCAUCUUGUAAAACGCUGAGGUCGACAAUGUCCGUCAGCAAGGCUGUGGUCAGUGAGGACAUGACAAAACGGCCCGUUAAACGGUAG